AUGUUUCUCCCGUGCCCCUCUCUCCCCCUCUACCCCUUCGCGCCCUCUUCUCCUCUCCCCCUCUUCCCCUCUUCCCCUCAUCCCCUCACCCACACCCUUCGCCACUCUCCCACUCCCCCCUCGACCCGCCAGUCGAUGCACGGAAGGACAUCUGCUGCGGCUUUAAUCGCUCCUCGGCGCUGCAGUUAUGGAGUCGAUGCUUUGGGGGACAUCUACAGCGGCUUUAAUCGCUCCGCAACGCUGCAGACGUGGACGUGGGGCGAUCCGUGCGGCAGCGACGGCAGCGAGAACGCGGGCAGUCCGUGGCACGGCAUCACGUGCGACGUGUCGGCCGACCCGCAACGAGUGAUCGAAAUCAACCUAUCUGACUCGGACAUCAGCGGGUACAUCUCCGGGUCCGUCAGCGCGCUUAGCAACCUGCGAUCCUUCGUGGUGCCGAACAACGCCAUCAAGGGCGGCAUCCCCGCCGACCUCUCCGCGCUCACAGGGCUGCGCACCCUCGACCUGAGCAACAACCCGCUGGAAAACACCAUUCCGCCGGAAAUUGCGCGUCUCCCCGCGCUUUCCUCUCUAGACCUAUCGAGCUGCGAGCUGGAGGGCGACCUGCCGCGCCUGAUCAAGCUCUCCUCGCUCGUCGCACUGGACCUGAGCAACAACUCCCUCACGGGCUACAUCGACCCUGCCAUUGCCCACCUGCCUCACCUCUCCGACCUUACAUUCACUCCUCUCCACGUGCCCCACCCAUGCGCCAACCCCUGGACGCCACGUCUCUCGGCAUCGACCCCAUCUUUCCCAACUCUCUCACAUUUCCCCCAUUCCCACUCAUCUCCCCCCAUUCCCUCCCCCCCUUUUCCCCCCCUCUCUCCCCCCAUUCGCCUCCAUCUGUUCCCAUGCCCCCCGUUCUCCCCCAUCUUCCCCAUGCCUCCCCCGCAAAUCAGUGCGGUGGCAUUCAACCAGCUGUCAGGCAACCUCCCCCCCGCCCUCGGCACUCUCCCUUCACUCUCCUUCCUUGACAUCCGAGGCAACGCCUUCUCAGGCUACCUCCCCCUCUCCUACUCCAACAUAGAGCAAUUCCUCUACGACGGCACCCUCCCCCCCGCGCCCGCAGGCCCCUCCGCCUCCCCUCCGCCGCCCCCCAUCCCGCCCCCGCCUCCCCCGUCCGUCCCCCCGCCGUCCCCUGAGCUGCCUGGGUUCCCUGGCGGGGGGGAUGGAGGGGCGGAUGCUCCUGCUUCUCUCCCCUCCCCUCCCGCCCCUCCUCUCACUUCUCCCUCUCCUCGACCUCCUCCAACUGCCCGGGGUUCGCUCGCUCCGCCUGCGCCCCCCUCUCUUCCGCCUGUCCCCCCUGUAACCUUCCCCAACGGGUCCCACACUGGAAACGAAACCGGGGGAAAACCGGGAGGGAGCGGGGGGAAGGGGGGGGAAGGGGGAGGAGCAGGGGGUGCGGGGGAUGGGUAUUUCUACCUGGAUCCGUCAGUCCCGGAGAAUGAGACGCAAUCGCUGGUGCCUGUACCUGUGGGGUGCAAGCCGUGUGUGGGGGGGAGUGUGGCAAGGAAGCAUAAGAAGCUGUGUGUGUGCUCGUACCCGCUGCUGCUGGAGCUGCACCUGGGCAUGGAGUUCUCUAGGUUCAAUGACGUCACCAGAGAGAGCCUGGAGGAGCAGUUGGCGUUGAGCAGUCGGGUCACUUUUGAGUCGACUCAAAAGUCACUUUCCCACUCCCUCGUUUUCCCCUCCCUCACCCCCCCGUUUUCCUCUCCCCUCCAACCCCCACAGAGUCUGGAGGAGCAGUUGGUGUUGAGCAGUCGGGAGUGUGAUUGCCUCCUGUGCAGUGCUGUCUCCCGGCCGCACAGAAGCACUGCCGGUGGGAGUGGCGGGGCAUGCAGUGGACAUGCUGGUGGGGAGGACCUUGAGGAGCAGCUCGCACUGAGUCUGAACGUGAACCAGACCCAAGUGGCCGUAUACGCCACACGCCCCGGCAGUGUCAUAGCCUCCUGCGCAGUACUGCCGCCCGGCCGCACGGCUGCGCUGCCGGUGGGAGUGGCAGCCCAUGCGAGCCUUGAAGAGCAGCUGGCGUUGAGUCUGAACGUGAAUCAGUCACAAGUAGCUGUGUACGCCACACGUCCCGGCAGUGUCAUUGCCUCCUGUGCAGUGCUGCCCCCAGGCCGCACAGAAGCACUGCCGGUGGGAGUGGCGGGGCAUGCAGUGGACGUGCUGCUGGGGAGGAGGAAGCAGCGCCUGGAGCUGUUUGGCAUGGGCGCUGUGAAGGUGCUGGCGGUGCGGCUUCCCACGGUGCUGUUUGGCAUGGGCGCCAUGAAGGUGCUGGCAGUGCGCCUGCCCAUGGUGGUGCUGGAUAGGAACGGAGGUGCUGGCGUGCGGCUGCCCAUGGUGGUGCUGGAUAGGAACGGAGCCCCCACUCCCGCGUUUCCCAACUCCCCGCUUCAAUCCUACCCUUCCAGCACCCAAGCUGCAACCGCGGCAGCCACAGCAGCAGCAGUCGCCAGGGGCGGGGAGGCGGGGGGUGGCAGUGCCAGGGCACCCAAGCUGCAACCGCGGCAGCCACAGCAGCAGCAGUCGCCAGGGGCGGGGAGGCGGGGGGUGGCAGUGCCAGGGGUGCGGAGAUUCGCCCUGGCGGAGCUGCAGAUGGCAACAGACGACUUCUCCCCGCACACCAAGCUGCGGGACCACCCCCUAGGACCUGUGUACUGCGGUGACCUGCCUGACGGCACGGAGGUAGCGGUGAGGAGGAUAGAGGCAGCAGUAGUGGAGGGGCAGUCCGAUUCGGACUUUGAAGCAGUAGCAGCCAACAUGGCGCGGCUGCAGCACGCCCACGUGGUUCCGCUGCAGGGGUACUGCGUGGACGGGGGCGAGAGGAUGCUGGUGUUUGAGCAUUUUCACCUGGGCAGUCUGUACGAGCAUCUGCACGAUGGCAGCCGGAGCAUGCUCAUGACUUGGGACACUCGCGUGCAGAUCGCUGUCGGCUGCGCUCAAGCUCUAGAGUACCUGCAUGAGGAAUGUGUACCAGCCAUAGUGCAUCGUGGCAUCUCAUCAAGAGCCAUCCUGCUGGACGACCACAUGAGCCCCCGUAUUGCUGAUGCUGGGCUGGCUGUGCUCAACCCCACUGACGCUGAGGCUCAGACGCUAUCAGAGCAGCUGGUGGGGGGCUACGCAUACAACGCACCCGAGUAUGCCAUGUCAGGGGUGUACACAGCCAAGAGCGAUGUGUACAGCUUUGGAGUGGUGCUGCUGGAACUGCUAACAGGACGAAAGCCCGUCGACCCGUCCAAGCCCAAGUGGGAGUCAUCGCUAGUCCGCUGGGUGGCCCCCCUGCUGCAUGACGUGGUGGAGUUGGAGCGCAUGGUGGAUCCCUCCUCACCCUACCCCACCCCUUCCCUCAUCUUCUCCCACCAUCUUACUUCCCGCCUCAGCACCAAGCCAAAAUGGGACUCCUCGUUGGUGCGCUGGGCGGCCCCUCUGCUGCAUGACGUGGUGGAUCUAGAGAGCGCAUGGUGGAUCCAACCCUUGCUGGGCCCAUGUCCCCAUCUCUCCACACUUCCCUCGCCAUCAUCCUUUCCCCCCACACUGCUUACAGAUCCAAGCCCAAGUGGGAGUCUUCACUGCGCCAAGCCCAAGUGGGAGUCCUCACUCGUGCGCUGGGCGGCUCCCCUACUCCAUGAUGUUGUGGAGCUAGAGCGCAUGGUGGAUCCAACCCUGGCUGGACCCGUGCCUGACCCCCUCACUCUCACGCGCUACGCUGAAGUGAUCGCACGAUGCAUCCAGAGUCAAGGUCCUGCCACCGCCACCGCCACCAUCCGUAACCUCCUCUCCCCUGAUGGCUUUUAA